AUGGUUCUACCAGUAAAAUCGCCAGCAACGGAUGCUUUAAGCCCAAGCUUCGAGGUUAGUAAAGCAGAUGCAAUUGCUGCACUCAACAAUGUGAUCGAGAAGCGGAGCUGUAAAAAUAAUUUGAAGGACUCGUUAGAAAUUGAGUGUCCCGUUCAUCUAUCGAGUCAACUUGACUUAGGACUUGGAAGAUUGCUACCUCCAACGGCUGCAAAUGCUGGCAAUGAAUCGCCCGAGCAAUUGGCAAAUAAUAGUGAUAAUAUCGUUUUUUCAUCACACGACAACGAUAACGAGCAACGAGCGGAAGAAAUCAUGUAUUUUCGAAAAACGCGGUCAGCGAGUAACCGAUCUAAACAAACCGAAGAGUACAAUACAAUUAACAAUAAUAAUAAAAAAGAGAAUGAUGAUGACAUAUUGGGAGAACGACUCCCUAACAGUUCCCAAUUAAUUGCAAUGACUCAGGCAAUAGCUACAAGAUUCGAAGAUAAUACGGAUAAGUCCACAAAAGAAAUGGAAAGAGUAAAAACAAUAUCCCACAAGGGAGAGGAGGUCAAUCAACCUGUUUUCUAUACAUAUAGUAUUAAAAACUCUCUCCCAGACUCACGUUUACGCACUGCUAUCGUAAACAAUCAGAACAGCAAUAGCAAUAAUUAUGAUAUCCGACUCAACACAGAAUCGAUGGAUGAUGGUUGCACAAACAAUGAAAGACGAAUGAACGCUGAUAGAGCUAAUGGAAGUGCCAACUUAUUUGCUGCGUCUUGGAACGACAAAGCUACAACAGCUGAGAGAGUGAACUGCGCUCAUUUGAAAAGCGACCACAACGAAUUCCAUGCUAUUCCACCGGUGCCUGAUGGCCAAGCGAUCACUCAGUUUGCGUUGGGCUCUUCUUACAGACGUUUAAUUGCGCGUCGUUCGCGUUUGCCUUCAUAUUCACUUUUAUGGAAAAAAACACUAAGGGGUGUACGAACAAAAGUUAAACGGGUGACACGGUCAAGUUCCGGGAAUAUAUCACCGUUAGAUGCACUUACACCGAAUAAAUGUCUAGCAGAGCUUGAGCGUUUGUAUGCUGAAUUUCGAGCGAGUGAAAGUGCGCUAGCAGCCAGACAUACGGAUGCUGGUGAAGGUUGUAAAAGUGUUCAAAGUUCGCAACAUUGCCUCAGCCGCAGUCAAAGUGAUGCAAGUAGUGAAGGCAGUGAUUUAAAUAACGGACAUGAUUGUGAACUUUUGAACGUCAAUACCAUUGCGACCGCUGAUAUCGUUGACACGCCGAACAACAUGCGAUUCAGCAUACCCGCGGCGACGAACGCGUUGUUUUGCUCUUCCACAUCGGAGUUGCAAGUGCAGCAAGCAAAUAUUUUCAAAGUAUUGCCCACCAGCAACACGAGUAGCAUUUUUCUAAGCAGCUCCGAAUGUGCUACCACAGGUUGUCUGACCAGUGAUGACCGUCCGAGAAGUAGUAGCUUUAGCAGUGACGAUCGGUACAGCAAUCUAUUGCAUGAAACGAAGCAUGUUAAUAAUAGCAGUAAUUGCUUCGAUAGUGUGGAAAAUGAAGAAAUUCAAAAUGAUGUCGUUAUUGUUGGUGCGAUUGAAAAUGAUAAAAGGAACAAUAAUAGCGUAAGAAUCACAGAGCUGGACAAAUCGGCUGUUAGCACUCAGCCGAGCUUGACAAUACAAGUGAAUUCAGAAAGCAGUGAUAAAAACAACAACAGCAAUUGCGCAACUAACAAAAACUAUACACAUAUUCAUAGUUCAACUAAUAACUGUAUAAAUAAUAACAUCGUCAACGUAGACACUGCGUCCGUAAAUGUUAUGGUUGGUGUACUACAGAAAAGUCCUGUCAAAGACAAUCGCAUUAGUGUGGUCAAUUGUAAUUAUUACAGUGUUUACCCAGUUAACAACGAGAGUGCCUGUGAAAAGAGUGCAACUUCACUCAAUAAAGUGUGCAGUGUUAGUGAAGUGAGUGGAUUACCUAAUAUAAUCUGCAAAGUAGAGAAUAGGGUGGAUAAUAAUAAUAUUUUGAGUAUUAGUUCCGGCCAAAGAGAUUGUUAUGGCAACGAAAUGAAAAUAGUAAAUGCUUCCGACAGCAUCAAUAUAAUUAGCAUAAGUGCUCAAUCUCAGAGUGAACAAACGAAUGGCCAGCAUUCAAACAAAAGCAUGCCUAUUCCUCUGGCCAUAUCCGGAUCACCAAUCCUAUUACCAUCUCAGGUUAGUGGUGUCUCCCGACAAACUACGUGUAUGUCGCCCAACGCUUCGGAACAAUCGCGAUCUUUUACCUCAACCGAAUGCCAGACUGAUGAAAUAAUAUCCAUGCAAAUGCGACUUGAUCGGGUUCCCGUCUCGCCGAUUUUGUCUCGCGUACAAAGACGGCGCGACAGACGUGUACGUCGCCAUCUAAAUCAGCAAUUGUCCACCUCUUAUCCGCAACCGCAUCCGCACCAAUUUCACAUAUCGGGACACCAGCGCCGUCCACAAGAUCGACAUUCUAUACCUCCAGGCUCUGCACCCAUUCCGGGUAUUACGACUUCGCACUUACAGUAUGGUGUUCAUCAUACAUUAGGUUCAUCGUCAACAAGAAUGCCAGCGGCAAUGUCUGCACUAUUACGUCCAAUGUUGCCGAAUUUAUUGCAUAGACAUUUUCCACCACCUUAUAGUGCGCUACCGUUGAAUCGUUGUGCGACGACACCUCUUCCACCUCCCACAAUAGUAGGACCUGUGCCACCACCACCAGGCACAACUCUUCUACCGCCUGUGAUAUCAACGGUUCCUAUGCCAGGUAGUUCUCCGCCUAUGGUCAGCGAUGGACGGUUCACUCUACCGCUUCCGAUCAUAAGAAGAUCUCCCUCGGAACGUUCUGGAAAAGGUUGCUGUGGUCAAUGGUUUCCCGGACCACCACUACGUUCAUUGAUUGCUGUGGUGGCACUAGGCGGAAUUGCUUGCGCCUUGAGCGGAGCAGCGUUAGGAGCGACAAGUCUUGCCGGACCUCCGUCUUCGCACCUUACAGCUGCACUUCUCAUGAUAGGUGUAGGGGUUGUCCUAGUGACUGUGAGCGGUGUAGCAUGGCGAAUGACGGCACCGGGUGGACCACCAUGUCUGGGUUUGGGUUCAGCAGUUGACUUUGUCCGUUGUGGCAGACGACCAUGCGGUCGUGGAGGAGGUACUGCGCAUGGUUUACUUUAUCCAGAGUUUCAGCAUCGCCCACCACCACCUUCCUAUCAGGCCAGUAUGCAAGAAUAUAGACUGAGACUCUUACUGUUGGAUCGUGACAGGCAAAGUGAUAUUCGAGGCACUUCCCCGCCACCAACAUAUCGCUCAUAUACCGGCAGCUUAAUAAGAGCACCACUGACAACAACAAUUAGAAGUGCCGGCCCGACCAGCAGCAUUGCUGGUACUUCCGAAUUUAGUUUCCCGUCAAGCUAUAGAUCACGGAACGCUACUCCAGCUACGAUAUGCAGUGAACGCAGCAUUGACACUUCCACAUCGGACCGUUCGCUGUCCAGCGUAGACAUUCCAGAACCGACUACUACGCAACAAUUGGACAGCAACAGAUGCAACUCAACACAUUUAACCUUAUCAGAACCCAGCAGGAGUGCAUGUGGGGUAUCCCAAAACACUGAACAGCCUACUCAUUCACAAACUCGUCAGUUGUGGACCUCAGCGAUUGUGGAAAUAGAGACCUCGAAUAGCCAUGACGGCCAAAACUAUAACAAACAUUUUCAAGAAGCAAAUAAAGUGGAAAAUGCAAAGGCUGCAAGCUCAAAGGCACAGAAAGAGCAGAUUACAAUUAUCACGAUAUCUAAAAGUGAUGGUUGCUCACAAAGUGACUCAUAUAGUAGAGACCAUAUCGAAAUAUUGGCGCAUUUGUAAAAAACUAAUUAGCAUGUUGAGUAACAUACUUUCUUGGUUAAGGAUAUAGUUAUAAAUAUAGAGGUUGUUUUGUAUUUGCAGCAUCUGGUUACAAUUUAAGAAAUUUGUAAAACAUGUUUUGCAUUUUUGAAAUUAUUUCACAAAAAUGAUACCUGUAAUUUACAUUUUUCCAUAUAUGUAAAUAUAAUAUGUUAUUUCGUAGUACUACUUGACUACGAAAGAUUUACUUUCCAUUUCCUUAUGAAAUGGGUUGUUCAAGUAUUUUUAUUUAUACAAUACAUAGUAUAUUAUAUUAUAUUAUAUUAUAUUAUAUUACUAAAUCUAAAUUUUGUGUAAUUAUAAAUGUUGAUACUUCAAUUAAAUCGAAAAGUGCUACUGUUUAAGGUUUGUUCUGAAA